AUGUUGCCUCCUGUAGCCAUGCCACCACCACACAGCAUCGACCAGAAACCACCGUUCAGCAUUCUCCUGCCACCACCGUCCAGCAUGAAGCUGGAACAAUUGCGUAAAUUGGACAUGGCACACCAUCGCCGCCUGCUCCUGACACCACAGCGCCACAUGAACCUGCCACCACCGUGCAGCAUGAACCAGCCACUACCGUGCAAAAAGAACCUGCCACCGCUGUGCAGCAUGAACCUGCCUCCUCCGUGCAGCAUGGACCUGCCACCAAUAUGCAGCAUGAACCUGCCUCCUCCGUGCAGCAUGAACCUGCCUCCUCCGUGCAGCAUGAACCUGCCUCCUCCGUGCAGCAUGAACCUGUCACCAUAUUGCAGCAUGAACCUGACACCAUAUUGCAGCGUGGACCUGCCACCACCAUGCAGCAUGAACCUGCCACCACCGUGCAGCAUGAACCUGCCACCACCGUGCAGCAUGAACCUGCCACCACCGUGCAGCAUGAACCUGCCACCACCGUGCAGCAUGAAGCUGCCACCAUAUUGCAGCGUGGACCUGCCACCACCAUGCAGGAUGGACCGGCCCACCAUCGAGCAGCGUGGACCUGCCACCACAUCUCUGCCUGGACCUGACGAUACAUUGCCGCAUGGUCCUGUCCCUACCAUGUAUGUAAUACAUGGACCUGCCACCAAUAUGCAGCAUGAAUCUGCCUCCUCCGUGCAGCAUGAACCUGCCUCCUCCGUGCAGCAUGAACCUGCCUCCUCCGUGCAGCAUGAACCUGUCACCAUAUUGCAGCAUGAACCUGACACCAUAUUGCAGCGUGGACCUGCCACCACCAUGCAGCAUGAACCUGCCACCACCGUGCAGCAUGAACCUGCCACCACCGUGCAGCAUGAACCUGCCACCACCGUGCAGCAUGAACCUGCCACCACCGUGCAGCAUGAACCUGCCACCACCGUGCAGCAUGAAGCUGCCACCAUAUUGCAGCGUGGACCUGCCACCACCAUGCAGGAUGGACCGGCCACCAUCGAGCAGCGUGGACCUGCCACCACAUCUCUGCCUGGACCUGACGAUACAUUGCCGCAUGGUCCUGUCCCUACCAUGUAUGUAAUAGUGAGAAGAUGA